UAUACACUGAAGUCAGCCCACGGAAACAGCUAGCCGAGAGGCGCCAAAAGCGAAUGAGUGCGCAUGCGCAACCGUCACACUGCACGCCCUUUGCGCAUGCGUAAUGUGGAAGCUUGAAAUGAUGCAUUUGAGUAAAUGGGGAAGUGCAACCGUUGCGCAUGCUUACUAACGUCGUUGACGCUGUGCAGGGAAACCUCCUAUUCAAGGUUUGCGCUUGCGCUCUACCGCCUUUCGUUAUACGCAUGCUUAGUGCUGCAGGAUUCCUGUCCUGCUAGAUAGUGAGCCUUGCGUGUUUCACAUAUGCUGCCAUAUAGUGAGGGCUCUUCCUAGUUCGCUUUCAGGGGGGCAAUAAGGGGCCCCAGGGGUGGGGCAGAACAGACCAGGAAGCAGGUAUCGCAUCCCUUGAGGGGAGGGAAGAGAGGCUGGGCCCCUAGGAGGGGGCUCCUGAGAGCCCGAGGGGAGGAGCCAACAACCAGAACUGACAGCUGAUUGAUACCUGGGAUAUCAGUAGUAAUACUAUCAGAGCCUGAGUAUAGAGAAGGUCCCUCGGGUUCCUUUCUCCGCUCACACAGUACCAUCAAGCUGGCGAUGUCGCGAGUACCAAGUCCCCCUCCCCCGGCUGAGAUGUCCAGUGGUCCUGUGGCUGAAAGCUGGUGCUACACACAGAUCAAGGUGGUAAAGUUCUCAUACAUGUGGACCAUCAACAAUUUUAGUUUCUGUCGAGAGGAGAUGGGGGAGGUCAUUAAGAGUUCCACCUUUUCCUCAGGGGCCAACGAUAAGCUUAAAUGGUGCCUGCGGGUGAAUCCCAAGGGACUGGAUGAAGAAAGUAAAGAUUACCUGUCUCUUUAUCUGCUAUUAGUUAGCUGUCCGAAAAGUGAGGUGCGUGCCAAGUUCAAAUUCUCCAUACUCAAUGCCAAGGGCGAGGAAACGAAGGCUAUGGAGAGUCAGAGAGCUUAUCGAUUUGUGCAAGGAAAGGAUUGGGGCUUCAAGAAAUUCAUUCGUAGGGACUUCCUACUUGAUGAGGCCAAUGGCUUGCUUCCUGAUGACAAACUUACACUGUUUUGUGAGGUUAGUGUGGUGCAGGAUUCUGUAAACAUAUCUGGUCAGAAUACAAUGAACAUGGUUAAAGUCCCAGAAUGCCGUCUUGCAGAUGAACUUGGAGGAUUGUGGGAGAACUCACGUUUCACUGAUUGCUGUCUGUGUGUUGCUGGUCAGGAGUUCCAGGCUCAUAAAGCUAUUCUGGCAGCUCGGUCACCUGUAUUCAGUGCAAUGUUUGAGCAUGAAAUGGAAGAAAGUAAAAAGAAUCGAGUGGAGAUAAAGGAUGUGGAGCCAGAUGUGUUCAAGGAAAUGAUGUGUUUUAUUUACACCGGGAAAGCAUCCAAUCUAGAUAAAAUGGCAGAUGAUUUGCUGGCUGCAGCAGACAAGUAUGCACUAGAGCGUCUAAAGGUGAUGUGUGAAGAAGCCCUGUGCAGUAAUUUGUCAGUGGAGAAUGCUGCUGAAAUUCUUAUUUUGGCGGAUUUACACAGUGCAGACCAACUUAAAACGCAAGCUGUGGACUUCAUCAACUAUCACGCCUCAGAUGUAAUGGAGACCUCAGGUUGGAAGUCCAUGGUAGUCUCUCACCCACAUCUUGUAGCUGAAGCAUACCGCUCAUUGGCAUCUGCCCAGUGCCCUUUCCUUGGGCCUCCACGCAAGCGUCUGAAGCAGUCCUAGGCCCCACUUCUGUCUUUUGGAGCCGCACUCUCCUCUUCCUCAUCGUGUGAGAGACAUUGGUAGGUGGUGGAGAGCGGAGGUUUCUAUGUUUACCUCCUUUGCAUCGUACAUGUGUUGCUACCCACCUUCCCUCAAGCUGUGUGGCUGAACUGAGCCUCCUCGCCCCCUUCUUCUGGGUUUGGAGCAGCUGCAUAGUGGGCGUGCCCUUUACCACUCACCCCUUGCAAGAUGAAAUGUUUUAUAUUUUAUGGACUGUCGGAGUGUUUCCUGGCUGGAGCUUUCCUUUAUUUAUCGGGACAGAGAGAAGCUUCUGAGUAGCCUGCCCCUUCAUUCUCCCAAAGGACUUUGGAGAUGGACAUUCAAGAACUAAAUGCUUUCUUCAAAUGCCCUACCACCCCUUAUGUAGGAGGGGCAUUACUUGUGAAAUUGUUUCUGGGAUCCAUUUUAUUUUUCAUCCCUUUGUGUAUUUUACUUUUAAUCCUUUUUUGUUUUUAAGUCAUUUUUAUUAACUGUUAUUAUGCUUAUUCUGUCCCUUUUUUUUUCUUUCUACAGUUUUCUUGAGCUUUUUUGUCUUGUGUUCCUCCUUUCUCCGUUACUCUUAUUUCACCUAACUUUGCUUAUAUUUACCAUCACCCUACCCUAACAAGGAUCCCCUCUUUAUUUUGAGGGCAGCCACUUAUGCUUCAAAGCCGGUAGAUUUAUUUUGUUUUUUGAGAAUAUAAAUAAUUCCUAUUUUGUA